AUGCGCCAGACGUUGCGCCGGUCCUGCACCGCCUGCGCAAAGUACAAGCAUAGCUGCGACUUGAGCACGCCACGCUGCUCACGAUGUAUCAAGCGCAGGGUCGAAUGCCAUUACUCCAAUGCACCUUUGACAGCGCCACUAAUAACGUUCGGAGGCGCUCCCUCCUUCGACGCCAGCUUUGCUGCCCUUGAUCCGUUCGACUCGUACCCGGUAACAAGGCUACCACGGAAGCACGUACAACGACUGAUCUACAACUUCCUUCAUAAGAUAGCCUUUCAAUAUUAUCCCCUCGAUCUUGAUUCGGCGUCGAAUCCAUUCCUCGUCUCCUGGUGGCCCCUGGCGCUAGGUGAUCCGGCUCUGUUCCACGUCUCGCUGCAGACGGCGUGUCUCGACGAGGAGUUGCUGGCCCAGAAGGGAUUUCAUACCUCGGAGAUGCUCAUGGCCGACUCGGUUGCUCUUCUUCGACACAAGGUGGACAAUGCAGCGCUCGCGGUGCAGGACGGGACCAUGAAUUCUGUCAUCACGUUGGCUGCGAUUGAGUUCGGAAAGGGCAAUCUCGCAGCGAGCCAGGUGCAUAUUGGCGGGGUGAAGAGGCUGGUGGCAUUGAGGAAGGGCAUGUACGCCGUCAGCCAAACGAGCCCGCUCACGGCGAGGAUGGUCAGCUGGGUCUCGAUGAUUGUGACAGGCGCCCCGCAGUUUGACACCCAGGACGACGCUGGCAUUGGCGACGGCAUACCGACGUUGUCGGACUGGCAGAUUGACGCGGCGUCUUUGCAGCAUAGUGUGCCCUCUCUCGAUCGUCUCGAAAUUGCAGUCAUGCAGAACACGCUCGUCUGCCAGCUGCUUGAAAGACUCGAAAGUACUGUUGAUGAAGAACCACGCCAGGCACGGUCGUUGGACGUCUGGCUGCUUGGGGUCGGCAUGGCCACGUCGCUUGGGACCGAUAAUCACCGUCGGUUUCUGGACAGGGCGCGUCAUGCGGCCUCUGUGUUUGAGUUCGGCGGGUCGGGGGAUGCGCUGAUGGUGAUGAGGAGUGUCUUAUGGCUUGAGACACUGCCUGGAGAGGGCAUCUUUCGACAAAGCUGGGAUGAAGCAUUAUUGGAUUCAAUCUGA